AUGGCUGCUUUUGGUCCACGGUUAACAGAAGAAGGACUUAUCGGCAAUCUUAUUCCAAUAGAAUCUAUUGAGGUUGAUAAUCAGAAAGGUUGUUUGAAAUUAGAAAAAAAAAUUGAAACUAAAAAUUGGAUAGCUCUUGUAGAGCGUGGCCAGUGUUCAUUUAUUGAUAAAAUACGUAAUAUGCAAGCAUCUGGUGCUAUUGCUGUUGUUGUGGGUGACAAUGAGCGCAAUAGUUUAAUAACAAUGUAUGCUACAGGAGAUACUUCAGAUGUAGAGAUUCCAUCAGUAUUUAUUGCACAAAAUGAAUAUAGAGAACUUCGGUUACUUUCUUUAUUAGUAAAUCGAAAUCCUUUAAAGAUACAACUUAUUAAAGAUGAUCUUUUACAGUGGCCAUUAUUAGAUAUAAUUAUUGUCAUAAUUUUGUUCCCAACGAUUAUGAUGAUAUUUAUUUAUGUUUUAUGGCACAUUCGUCAACGUCAAAGACGUAAACAAGAAAUUGCACCUCAACAAGUUGUUGGUAAUUUGCCUACAAAGAUUUUCUAUUUAUCAAAAAGACAAGAAAAUGAUCCUCAAGAAUGUGCUAUAUGUUUGGAGGAUUAUGUUGACAAGGAUGAAUUGAGAAUUAUGCCUUGCAGACAUGAAUUUCAUGUAAUAUGUAUUGAUAGCUGGUUAACCACCAGAAAAAGAUUUUGUCCAAUUUGUAAACGUGACAUUUGUAUACCAACAGAAGAAACUCCUCUAUUGUCAAAUAAUGAACCUUCUCCGUAA